AAACAUACAACAAGCCUCUGUUUACCUUUCAAUUACGUUCAACACACACAUAUCCCAUCUCAAUAUUUGGAAACUAUAAACGAACACCAAAGUCAAACUGAAAAGAGCAUACACACUACACACAUAUACACACAUUCAAAAUGGUGAAGCCGGGCAAGCUCCUCCCUCCCGAUCCAAGACCAUGGAAAGCGGAACCUGAAAAACGCAAAGAACGCAAAGAAUUCGAAAAGGAAGUCGCAGGCUUCGACUGGGGCCAGGCCAUCGCCCUCGGUCUCAUUGGCGCAACGGUCGCUUUCGGGAUCGACAAGACCCUCAAGCGCACGGAAGAAAAGCACGAAGAGGAAGAUAGGCGAGAGGAAAGACGGAGGCAGAGGGAGAGACAGUCUCGAUCCCGCCCGCCGAGGAGUAGUCGCAGCCAGGCUGGGUACGACAGGGACAGGUAUAGAGGUGGAUACGACGACGACAGAGAUGACAGGAGCGACGACGGGCGGAGUUUUCGGGAUGAUCGGAGCGAUCGGGAUUACUAUGAUCCUGAUUGGCGUGAGGGGGAGUAUAAGUCCGUGAGGGACUAUGCGCCGCCGCCGAGCGAUGUCUCUGAAGAGAGGGCGGCGAGGGCGGUGAGGGAGGAGAGUGUUAGUGUGAGGGGUGUUGGGGGGAGGGAGUAUGUUAGGGCUAUGGACCAGUUUGAGAGGGAUUAUGGGUAUGGAGACAGGCGGCCUAGGUAUGGUGAGAGGAGACGAAGUCGGAGUAUUCCUGUGUCGAGGUCGAGGGAGUAUUAUUCAAAUUGGUGAGAACGCGACGCAGGCGUGGGGAGCGUCGUCGGCGUACCCCUGGUUCGGAUGGAUGAAGAACGGUUUGUCUGACAUCCGACAUUACGUUAUUAAACGACAUUAUGAGAAUGAUUAUGAUUAGCAUGGAAUUGGGUGGGGAUGGGUUUGGCAUAUGGGAGAAAGAUCGAAAACAUCUACAGCUAUACUGUCCCCUUCCAAAUAAGGGGUAUAGUUCCUAUGUUAGAGCGAAGCAUUUACAUGGUUUAGACGUUUUUACGUCAUUUAUCUUUUGAACAAA